UUCUUUCACAUCAAUUAAAGCAAUACAAAAAGCUCGCUGGGAGAGAGUAGACACACGGGCUUUUCCUUGGAAACGACUGUUUUUCCAAGACGAAUUCUCUCGUUUUCCGCGCUGAUUCCGACCCUUUUCGCUUCGUUUUCGCCCGCCAGACCGAAACGGGACACGAUUAUGGAGCCAGAAGAGCGUUUCGGGCUGUAACUUCGGCUCGGGAAUACUUUGUGCUGGCGUGUUGGAGGUUCCCAAGGAGGGGAGAGGAGAGAAGAAAGGGAGCGGAGGGGAGCCGUUAAAAAAGUGGUCCGGUUGAAGCGGAGCAGCUCGCAGCCCGUUCCCGGCGAGGGGAAGGGGGAGCCCGGGUCUGGAUGAGCGCCGUGCCGCCCUCCCCGAGCUUUCGGCAAUGGGGGAAACCAAAGUUAUCUACCACCUCGACGAGCAGGAAACUCCGUACCUGGUCAAACUGGCCGUGCCUGCGGAAAGGGUCACACUGUCGGAUCUUAAAAAUGCUCUUAAGAAGCCGAAUCACAAGUUUUUCUUCAAGUCUAUGGACGACGACUUUGGGGUGGUCAAGGAGGAAAUUACGGAUGAUAACGCCAAACUUCCCUGCUAUAACGGACGUGUGGUAUGCUGGCUGGUAUCAGCGGACGGGUCUCAUUCAGACGGAUGCUCGGUGGCUGAGAGUCAGCUGGAGCGGCCUCCUUCCGGAGAGAGAUCUCAGGGCAUCGGAGACUCCAGACCCCCCUCCUUCCAUCCAAAAGCUGCAGGCAGCCGGCAUGGUGUGGACGAUGAGACAGAAACCGACUCUGUGGUGUCCCACAGGAGAGACAGAGACAGACCACGAAAAAAACAUUCACACGAACAUUCAGGUGGAAGGAUGAAUGGCUACUCGCAGGUGGGCAGAGGGAUGGACCUGGGUGGCUACGACAGUCGCUCCUCCCUCAUGAGCAGCGAACUGGAGUCCAGCAGCUGUUUCGACUCAGACGAUGAUGGAUCAACAAGCCGCUUCAGCAGUGUGACGGAGCAGAGCGGCUCAUCGCGCCUGAUGAGACGACAUCGGCGCCGGCGCCGGAAACCCAAAGCUCAUCAUAUGGAGAGGUCCUCGUCUUUCAGCAGCAUCACCGACUCCACCAUGUCCCUCAACAUCAUCACCGUCACUUUAAACAUGGAGAAGUAUAACUUCUUGGGUAUCAGUAUCGUGGGGCAGAGUAAUGAGCGAGGAGAUGGAGGAAUCUACAUCGGCUCCAUCAUGAAGGGCGGUGCGGUGGCGGCGGAUGGACGGAUUGAACCUGGAGACAUGCUGCUGCAGGUGAACGACAUCAACUUUGAGAACAUGUGUAAUGACGAUGCGGUGCGAGUGCUGAGGGACAUCGUGCACAAGCCCGGACCUGUUUCUCUGACUGUGGCAAAGUGCUGGGAUCCAAACCCCAACAGCUGCUUCGCCUUACCCAGGAGUGAGCCGAUCCGGCCCAUUGACCCUGCAGCCUGGGUUUCCCACACUGCAGCCAUGACUGGCAUCUACCCCCCGUACGGCAUGAGCCCCUCAAUGAGCACAGUGACCUCCACCAGCUCCUCCAUCUCCAGCUCCAUUCCUGAAACAGAACGGUUUGAUGACUACCACCUGUCUGUCCACAGUGACAUGGCAACUGUAGCAAAGGCAAUGGCCUGUCCAGACUCUGGGCUGGAGGUUCGAGACAGGAUGUGGCUGAAAAUCACCAUAGCUAAUGCUUUUAUAGGCUCAGACGUGGUGGACUGGCUGUUCCACCAUGUGGAAGGUUUUGCUGAUCGGCGGGAGGCUCGUAAAUACGCCAGCAACCUGCUGAAGGCCGGCUUCAUCCGCCAUACUGUCAACAAAAUCACCUUCUCUGAGCAGUGCUACUACGUGUUCGGAGAUCUCUCUGGGAAUAUGGCUCAUCUCUCUCUGCAUGAAAACGAUGGAUCCAGCGGAGCGUCAGAUCAGGACACUCUGGCUCCUCUCCUCCACCCAACCGAGGCCCCGUGGCCCAGCUUCCCGUACCCGUACCCCACGCCCCCCUCGCUGCCGGACGGCCCGCAGGCGUACUCUGAAGUAGGAGGAGGAAGUCCCGGCAGUCAGCACAGCGAGGGGAGCAGUGGCUCGAACUGCAGCUGGAGCCGGAUGGAGGGGAGGGCGGGGCCGGCAGAUUUCAGGCUGGCCGGACCGAGCGAGACGGGACCUGGGUCAGAGUUUGACUUCCGCCGAGAGCGAGCGCCCAGCGAACGUUCAGCAGCGCCCCCUAGUGAGGGCAGUGUGCGCAGCGCCCGCUCUCACACGUACAGCCUAAUGCACGCGGCGGCUCGAGCCACGCCGGGGUCUCCGUCAGGACGCCACCUCGCCCACGUGCCCUCAGAGCUCACCGGCUCCCGCCGCUCCUGCAGCACAGCCAAUGGAGAGUUCUUUGUAGAUAUCAUGUGACUGAGUGGCCAAAUGCCUGAACCUGUACCUACAGCCUUCUGAACUACAGAUAAAAACCUAGUGAAACUAUAAUUGCCUUACUGUUAGAUUGGAAAAACAAAAAAAACACCUCAACUGCUGGAGAAUUUAUAGAGAUAGUUCGGUCAAAAAUCAGAUAUAUUCACUUUUCACAGUGUAUGUAUAUAUACAGCUCUGAAAAAAUAUGGGGAAAAAAAGCAUUUAAGAAAAAGCAUUUAUUUGCAGAAAAUGAGAGACGGCUGAACUAACAAAAAAGAUGCAGAGCUUUCAAACCUCAAAUAAUGUAAAGAAAACAAGUUCCUUGGCAUCAUGUUCUCCUCCAUCAGUCUUACACACUGCUUUUGGAUAACUUUAUGCUGCUUUACUCCUGGUACGAAAAUUCAAGCAGUUCAGUUUGGUGGUUUGAUGGUUUGUGAUCAUCCAUCUUCCUCUUGAUUAUAUUCCAGAGACUUUUAAUUUGGUAAAAUUUAAGAAACUCAUAAUUUUCAAAUGGUCUCUUUUUUUUCCAGAGCUGUAAAUUUAAAGAAACAAUAUUAUUAUCGCAAACAUGUUUUAGCUGGCCAACUACAUCUGGUGGAGAUGGUGAAAUUGUGAAAAAAUACUGAUUUUACACUGAACUACCUCUUGAAUUUCAGCUUCUUUUUGCUGUGUUCCAUUUACUUCCACUUGGAUGUUCCCACAUGUCUGAUUUCUUGCGGAAAAGUCAAAAGAGCAAAAACUACUGCAAAAACUACUGUCUUUUUAAAUCACAUAAAUCAGUCAUACUCACAGUAGUGUCUAGUUUCUAUCUGUUUUUUUUGUUUGUUUUUUUUGUUCCGCCUUAAAGACUCCAGCCCAGCCAUCUGUUGCGUGAUUUAAGGUGGAACGGCGAAGGUAGCUAGUUAGCUAGCUACUGAAACAAACUGCUAGCGAUCUUUUUUAUUAUUUUUUUAUGCUUAUUAUAAGGAAUUCAGCCAUAAAACAUUGAAAUUACACAUUAAAUUGUGGAAAUAUAGUGCUGAUAGUCACUUUUAAGAAGGGAAAUACUGAAAUUUGUGGGUUUCUUUGGUCGCUUGUGCUGAACCAGCGAUUCUUAUAACCCUCGGUUGGAAGUGUGCCUCUGAAAAAUAAGCCCUAUUCCUUCCCCUUAAACUACCCCUCCAGUCUAACAAGAAUCUGGACACCUCUUACCCUUGGAGUGCAUACGCAAAACAGAGGGGUAGGGGUAAGUGGUAGGGAAAAGGUGUGAAAUGGGAUUGGGCCUAAAAUAGUCAUUCACUAACUAAUUCACUAAUUAAUAUUAUACGUAACCUUAUUCUCAGCUUCAACAUCCAACAUGCAAGAUAAAUGGAACACAGCCCAGCAUUGGAAUAAAUGGAUUAAGUCCUCACACUACAUUAGUAGAUUAUAAUAGCAGGUCAUUAUAAUAUAUAAUAGCAUCUCAAUCCCUCUCUCUGUAGAAUUAUGUUACUAAUGUUUUGGCUAGAGUUAAAGGUGAGGUUUAAUCUGCUAAAGUAAAGAGAGGCUCACAGAAACGAUGAUGAUCAUCUUCUUCUCAUUCAUAACGAAUUCACGCUCGGAGAAGAAUCGGACGGACUCCUGAACCGGAGGUGAAUGUAGUGCAGACGCGGACACGCCUGCUGUCAAUCUGAAGAUUAUAUUUGAUAUUUCUCGUUUUCAGCUCUGUUGUAGUGUGUUUUGGAACAUUUUUAACGUUUAUUGUUUUGUUUUUUUGUUUUUUUAAUACCUGCAUCUCCUUCAUCUCCUCUGAAUGUUUCGCUCACGAUGCAUCUUUUUUAAUUAACCGAGAAUAUAUUUUUUAACGCUCAUCAGCAAUAAUGUAUUUGGGAGAUUUUUAAAAAAGUACAGAGGAGAGUUUGUUCUUUUUAUUUAUAAAAAUAGAUUUAUGAAGCUG